CAUAUUUGUUCAUCAUAAAAGAUGUCACUAGUCAUUAAUUUCAAGUAGAAAUUAUAGUUGUUCAUAAUUUGUUUAUAAUUUGUACUUCAAGGUACAGUACAGUUGCCUCAUGUCCACCGAUGUGGUGCCGGAGCUGGUGCCGGAGCUGGUUCCAGACUUUUCCCCAAUCCGGAACUGGCUCCACACAUUUUCCCCUCAAAAAACUGGCCCUGGACCAGAAAAAAAGGUUCCAGCACAGCACCACAGAAAAGCUGGUCUCAGAAUUUGGCGUCCAAAAUCUUCUGCAUACCCGGAAAAUUCAAUCCAUAACUGAUAUAGCUUUGUCUAAUAUUGCCAGUACCAGCAUAUGGCACCAAGUGAGAACCAGCCCAGCACCAGCUGAUGGUGAAAACGAGUGAGGUUAUAUGAUUUUGAAACUAAGAAAGAGUACUGUGCCGAGGGAAAGUUCACACUCCUGGACCCCUGGUGGAUGGUCACAUGCAAGGGAAGAUUGGAGAAGGAAAAGAUGGUGAUGAUGGACCCUCUAUCCUACCAGCUGCGGACUGAUGUGAAGGAAGAUAUCAUGAACUUGUUCUUCAAAGCGUGCGACGUGCAUCAUUCUCACGUCAUGAAUUUCAGGCAGUGGCUGAAGGCAGAAAGUGUGCUGAACUUUGAGAACCUGCUUGAGCUGCUUGAUAAUUUUGGGAAGGUGCCGGAUGGUCAGUAUGAAAAAGUGCCGAAGCAGAUGAAGAAGCAGGUUACUCAGUCUGUUGCAGGGAGGCGUGUGUUUGCUGCAGCAGCGAAUCCUCACGUGAUGAAGCACCUGCCCACCCUGCUUCCAAAGCACUUUCUGGAGCUCCUCCAGAAAGGCAAGGACCCAUCUAACAAGGAGGAGGGUGACAAAAGCUUGCUGGGCAGGCUGGAGAACAUUAUUAGGACAGAAGCGUGGAAGCUGGGUUUCAGCGAUAUCCUGCAUAAGGAGCUUGGUCUAAUGCGAUGUGAGGCUACUGUGAAGGCUCUCCAAGCUUGUGGGCUGUUCCACAAGAUCCCCACCCUGCAGAAGAAUGCCCUACUGGUUUAUACCAAACUGAAGAAAGAUUGCUACAGGAUCGGCAGCACCUAUGUGGAUCUGGAGGACCUCAGAGAAGACAGGCCAGAGGAUGAGCACAGAGAGGCAGUCUAUUUUCUCAGGACCCAGGGUGUAGUUGCGAUAACUAUGAGCACACGUGUGGCUCUGAGGAAGCUAUACACCUAUGAGACAGGCAUCGCCAACUGCCUGGAGCAGCUGCUGUCUAGGUCUCCAUAUUCCAUUGAUCUGGAUGCCAAAGAAGUCCUUCGAAAGGACACAAAUAGUGGCAUAGAGAUGGAUCUUGACCUAGACCAGGUUCGAGCUGCCGAGAUGAUCUGUGCCAACCCCAUUUCCAUCAUCAGUGGGAAGGGAGGCUGUGGAAAGACCACAGUUGUCUGCCAGGUUUUGAAGGCAGCCAUGGAGAAGCUCAGGCGUGCCAAGGAGGAAGUGAAGAAUGCCCCUCAGGAUUUUGAAACCAUCACAGAAGCACCACAGGAGCCCAUCAGUGAUAAGGUGGAGGUCCUUCUUACCGCACCUAUUGGACGGGCAGCUGCCUUGUUGACCAAGAAGACCGAGUUCAAAGCAUACACACUACAUCAGGUGGUGUGGAGUUUUAUGAACGAGGAGAAGGAUGACAGUGGGGCUCCAAAGAAGUGGAAGUUUUCCUCUGUGCGAGUGUUUGUGGUGGAUGAAGGUAGCCUCAUGUGUGUGCAGAUCUUCCACUCCGUCCUCACAAUGCUGACGAAAUAUAGCCAGCUCCAGAAGAUCAUCAUUUUGGGAGACCUGGGACAAUUGCCCAGCAUCAGACCAGGGAACGUGCUAUCUGACCUGUUCAACAGCCUGCUCCUUGUCCAUUGGGCCACAGAGACGAAAACAAAUCAUCGGGCUGAGUCAGAGCUGAUAGUCAAGAAUGCCAGACUAAUCUCUGAGAUGGGUGAGAAGAAGUAUUGUGACCUGGAAUGGGAUGCCACCGUGGACAUGAACUCCCCUUUCAAGAAGCCCCCCCCAGACAGCCAUUUCAUUGCUGUCUUCCUUCCACAAGACAACAGAGGGAACCGCAGCCCCCAGCGGAAACCCGGGGAGAGCGUGCGAACUCCACACAGAAAGGACCCGGGACCAAAGCCAGGACCUUCUCACUGUGAGGCAGCAGCGCUAACCACUGCGCCACCGCAAAUUCACUCACCAUCUCACGUUUGGUCAAAACCAAAAAACUUAUCCUAUUUCAAACACCUACAAACGGCGGUCACCGUGCUGCUGGAACAUGGCCCAGGGUUGGAGACUGACAAGUCCUCACAGUUCAUUGCAUUCUCAAGGAAGGAGUGUGCACUUAUCAAUGAACUGUGCUGGGACCAUAAACAUCGUACUGGAAGCCACAAGAAGAAACCAGUAUUUAGGCAAGGUGACAAAGUGUGCUGUACAAGGAACGGCUUUGUUACAGACCUGGAGUUGGAGAAAGAGUGGGACCGGCUCAGCUCCGAUACGGAAGACGACACUGAGGGUUGCAAUGGAAAGAAGAAUGUCAAGAAGCGACUCUGCAAUGGACAGAUCUUCUUCAUCAACAACGACGUGACUGUCGUGGAGGCUGCGGCACGGGGCAGGAGACGGUACCUAACUCUGGACGACAACGAUGGCUGUAACUUUACUGUGCUUUUUAAGGAGCUGCAGAAAGAGUGCAAGAUCCAGCACGCCUGGGCCAAAACCAUCCACACCUUCCAGGGGUCAGAAGCUGAGACCGUUGUGUACAUCCUGGGAUCAGGGUGGUAUCAGCACUGGAAACACGUGUACACGGCAGUGACACGAGGACAAAAGCGCGUCUAUGUGCUGAUGUGUAAGGACAGCCUGAAAAAAGUCAUUGAAAGAAGGGUCACCAAGCGUAAAACUCAGCUGAAAGGUCUGGUGAACCAAGUGAUUGCCCAAAUGGUGCGCACUGAGCCACGCCCGGCUGCAGCAGCUCGCAGUAGUCACCCGGGUGAUGACUAUGAUGGCAACAAGACCACAGCCAAACGGCCCAAGAUGGAGGCCCAAAAGUAGAGUCUCCCUCUCCCAUGGUGCCUGUUCCACAAUCUACCCCUGGAGGAUGUCUCCGCUGCCGCCACUACAGAAUCGCUCCCCCCACGAAACGGCACACGCUUGCUGGGCCCGAUCGACAGCGACCAGCCGUCCAGCCCUGGCACAGAUCAGCUUUUAAGCAUUAUUUUGAAUUCUCAUUAACCGUAUCAUUAACCAAGUAAGCAAUAAUCAAACCACCCCAGUGCUGUAUUUCGAUCUGAAUCAAAGAGCUACACUGGACAAAUAGAUGCACUUUUUAAUCACAGUAAACAUUUUAAAACGCUAACAAUCCCACAGUGUGAGCCAAGGUAUCCAGCUCAUGCAGCAGCUUUGUCGGCUAUAGAGGAAACUCGGAUCACUUCUGCCUCAGCAGCAACCACUCUGCUAUCGUUUAUUGUCUUUCUCCAUACAAAGGUUUACAACUGUGGAAUUCUCAAAGUCAUACAUAGACGAUAAAUAUCAUGCUACCAAAGUAUUAAAUUUGUACAAAAAUACUUUACAGUUUAUAAUACUCGUUCAAUAAAAAUAAAAAUACAGUA